AAUGUCAAAGUAUUAGAUUAUCAUGAAGCUCUUGAGUUGUUCAGUUGGAAUGCAUUCAAAAGAAAUGUACCUCCGAGCGAUUAUGUGAAAGUUGCUAGACGUGCAGUAUACUAUGUUCAAGGCCUUCCACUAGCUCUAACAGUUUUAGGUUCUCAUCUAUGUGGUAGAAGCAUAGAUCAAUGGCAAGCGGCAUUAGAUAGUUACAAGAGAGUUCCUAACAAAGAGAUACAAGAGAUUCUCAAAAUAAGUUUCGAUGCAUUGGAAGAUAUUGUGAAAGAAAUUUUCCUUCACAUUGCAUGUUUCUUUAAAGGUAAAUAUGUACACUACGUGACACAAAUGCUAGAAUGCUGUGACCCUAUGAUUGGUAUUGAACUACUUGUAGAAAAGGCUCUCAUAACUAUAGAUGGAUGUCGGGUUUUGAUGCAUGACUUGCUAGAAGAAAUGGGUAAAGAAAUAGUUCGUCAAGAAUCGCCCAAUAAUCCAGGAAAGCGUAGCAGAUUGUGGCUUCACGAGGAUGUUGAUCACGUGCUGGCAGAAAAUACAGGAACAGAUACAAUUAAAGGCAUUAUGAUAAAGGUGCCUGAAUCAUAUAAUCAGAUAUGCUUGAAUGCUAAAAGCUUCUCAAAGAUGAAAAGUCUUAAUUUAUUUGUGAACUAUGAUGCGCACUUUUCUGGGAACAUUUAUUAUCUCUCAAACGAGUUGAGGUGGCUUGACUGGCCUGGAUGUUCUUUACCGUCUCUGCCAUCUAAUUUUCAUCCAAAGAAGCUUGCUGUGCUCAAUAUGCCUCAAAGCUGUAUCACCAGACUAUGGGAGGGAUUCAUGGUACUUAAAAGUAUUCAUUCAUUAUUUUUCUCAAACGCUUAUGCUGAAGCUUUCUUUGAAGCUUCAUUUGAUUCUCUUUCUUGUUGCACUGAAUUUGCCAAAGUUGACAUCUGUAAAUUUUGAAGGCUGUAAGUUCUUGGAGAAAAUCCCGGACUUUACUGGAGUCAUAAACUUAGAAAACUUGAAUCUAGAUUACUGUACAAGUUUAGUUGAGGUUCAUCCUUCCGUUGGAUUCCUCGAUAAACUUGUUAUGUUGAGUCUCAGGGGCUGCUCUAACCUCAUGAAGUUUCCAGCACAAAUAAGCUUGAAAUCUUUAGAAGUUAUGGAGCUGGGCAAUUGCUUUAGGCUUGAGAAUUUUCCAGUAAUUGUAGAAAAGAUGGAAUCCUUAAGAUAUAUGAAUCUACAAGGCACUGCCAUUAAAGAAUUGCACUCAUCAAUUGGAUAUCUCAUUGGGCUUGAAGAGUUGUACUUAUCAAAUUGUGAAGAUCUUACAACUCUGCCAUGCAGCAUUUAUGAGUUGCAAGAUCUAAAGGUUCUUGACUUGCAUUGCUGCAAGAGGCUUCGAGAAAUUCCAGAGCUUCCACCAAAGAUACGUUGGUUAGUUGCGAGUGAUUGUGAAUCAUUGGAAAGGUUUUCAAAAUUGUCAAAGAUAUUCAAACACAGAGAAGAAUCGCGGGGGAUUUAUUGGGUGAACCUGUCUAAUUGUUAUAGAUUGUGUUCUAAUCUGGGCUAUGGCGUGGCAAAGAUUGAAAAUGUUUUACUGAAUCAGGCAUCUUCCGAUCAUGACUCUGCAUUGACAUUGUACUUCCUGGAUAUGAGGUUCCGGAGUGGUUCCCCUGUCGUAAAUGUGAACUUCUUGUUGAAACCCCUCGAUAUAGGUGUGGUAUAUGUGAAUUUUCUUUUGAAAUUCCUGCAACAGUCCAAUGGGAGAGCACGGGAUUGGCUUUCUGUGCUGUUUUUAAGGUCGUACAGAAUAGUUUUACUGGUUUGCAUUUUGGAGCUACAAUUUCCAUCAGUGAUGUAUGCUUAGAGCGUGAUUAUGAGUUUUUUUCUUGUUCAAGAAAGACAACGUCUGCUCAUGUGUGGCUCAAGUAUAUUCCAUUAAGAACUUGGAAGAAGUCACAGAUAUUUGAAACGCAGCCUCGGUUUCGUCCUCAUACCUGUCGAGUUAGAUUUUACUUUGGGAGCAGCACACGACCAGUUUUGUUGAAAAGCUUAAGUGUUGACCUACUCCUAGUAUGCAACCAGGAUGAUUUCAACUACGGCAUGGCAGUCAAUCAUCAGCAAGAGGAGUUGCUUUCAGAGUCUUCGAAACCGAUGAAUCCUCAAAAGCAAAACCUACAACAAAGAGCCUCAGUUCUCAGGAAAAUCGAUGAUACUAACAUCGAACAUCAGCAAGAGCAACUGCCUAACUUGUCUUUGGAACCAACGAAUCCUCGAAAACGGAAGCAUAAUGAGGAACGAAGGCAUCAUAGAAAACAGAAGGAUGUUGAGGAUUAACCAUCCACUUCAACUUCACCAAUGAUCUAGUGGCUUGGUCUCUUAUCAUGGGCAACCAAUCGUUGGUUGUUUGUCACUCUCAGAAAUGAAAGCCUAUUCCAUCAGAAUGAUCUUAUUUUUGUGUGUGCUGAGGAUCUUCUUACAAAGUGGCACUCUAAAGCCUGCGUUUUGAAUUCAUUGAUAAUCUUUUGUU